CGUCCUCCUCCUCUCACUGCAGACACUCAACAUGCUGUGGACUGUGCUGUUCAGCUGCAGCUUUUAUCUGCACGGCGCUCUGGUUUCUGCUCAAGGAAUAUCCAGAGAUGGAGAGAUUAUCAAACAGAUUAAAGGCACAAACCAGGAGCUUGCAGAAAUCAAAGAACUACUGAAACAACAGAUACAGGAGAUUGUUUUCUUGAAGAACACAGUUAUGGAGUGUGAAGCAUGUGGCAUGAGACCAGCAGAUCCACAGCCUUCAUGUGUUCCCAACCCCUGCCACCCUGGUGUGGAAUGCGUAAUGACAGUCAGUGGUGUGACGUGUGGUCCGUGUCCAGUUGGCAUGACAGGAAAUGGAACUUACUGUACAGAUGUUGAUGAGUGUGCUGUAAUGCCAUGUCACAUGGGGGUGAGAUGCAUUAACACAUCACCUGGUUUUCGCUGUGGCCCCUGUCCCGCUGGAUACAUGGGCCCUCAGGUGCAGGGGGUGGGACUCGCCUAUGCAUCUGCCAAUAAACAGGUGUGCACGGACAUUAAUGAGUGUGAGAACUCAAAUGGAGGCUGCGUGGUGAACUCCAACUGCAUCAACACGCCAGGCUCUUUUCGUUGUGGCCACUGCAAGACUGGUUUUUCUGGGGAUCAGGUGAAAGGCUGCAAACCUGAGAGGGCCUGUGGUAAUGGUCAGCCCAAUCCUUGCCAUGCCAGCGCAGAAUGCAUUGUUCAUCGUGAUGGACAGAUUGAAUGCGCAUGUGGAGUUGGAUGGGCUGGGAAUGGAUACUUAUGUGGAACAGACACUGAUAUUGAUGGCUUUCCUGAUGAAAAGUUGGAAUGUGUGGAAAGAAACUGUGCAAAGGACAAUUGCCUCACCGUUCCAAACUCUGGCCAAGAGGAUGCAGACAGGGAUAACAUCGGUGAUGCAUGUGAUGAUGAUGCAGAUGGAGAUGGGAUCCUAAACACAGAGGACAACUGUGUGCUCGUCCCCAACGUCAAUCAGAAGAACAUUGAUCAGGACGAUUAUGGAGAUGCUUGUGACAAUUGCCGUCUGGUAAAAAACAAUGACCAGAAAGACACGGAUAGUGACGGUCAGGGUGAUGAAUGUGAUGAUGACAUUGAUGGAGAUGGAAUCAAAAAUGAUAAAGAUAAUUGCAAAAAGGUGCCAAACCGUGACCAGAAAGAUAGAGAUGGUGAUAACGUUGGUGAUGCUUGUGACAGCUGUCCCUACAUUCGCAACCCUGAUCAGAUGGAUGUGGAUAAUGACUUGAUUGGCGAUCCUUGUGACACCAACAAAGAUAGUGAUGGAGAUGGGCAUCAGGACUCUCGAGACAACUGUCCUGCAGUUAUCAACAGUUCCCAGCUGGACACGGACAAGGAUGGCAUUGGAGAUGAAUGUGAUGAUGAUGAUGACAACGAUGGCAUUCCCGAUCUCCUUCCACCCGGUCCCGACAACUGCCGUCUGGUUCCAAACCCACUGCAGGAGGACUUAGAUGGUGAUGGGAUUGGGAACGUUUGUGAGAAUGAUUUUGACAAUGACACAUUUAGUGACAUCAUUGAUGUUUGUCCUGAGAACGCUGAGGUCACUCUCACUGACUUCAGAACCUAUCAGACUGUGGUUCUGGAUCCAGAAGGAGAUGCGCAGAUUGAUCCAAACUGGGUGGUGCUCAAUCAGGGAAGAGAGAUUGUUCAGACCAUGAACAGUGACCCUGGACUGGCUGUAGGCUACACGGCAUUCAAUGGUGUGGACUUUGAAGGGACGUUUCAUGUGAAUACUGAGACGGAUGAUGACUACGCAGGCUUUAUCUUUGGCUAUCAGGACAGCUCGAGCUUCUAUGUGGUGAUGUGGAAGCAAGUGGAGCAGAUUUACUGGCAAGCCAAUCCUUUCCGAGCUGUAGCUGAGCCUGGUAUCCAACUGAAGGCAGUGAAAUCAGACACGGGACCUGGAGAAAACCUGCGUAAUUCACUCUGGCACACAGGUGACUCGACAAACCAGGUGAAGCUCUUGUGGAAAGACUCCAGAAAUGUUGGCUGGAAAGACAAGACCUCCUACCGCUGGUUCCUGCAGCACAGACCCCAAGAAGGCUACAUCAGGGUUCGGUUCUAUGAAGGUCAGCAAAUGGUAGCAGACACAGGAAUUAUCAUUGACACAACCAUGAGAGGAGGCAGACUGGGAGUUUUCUGCUUCUCCCAGGAGAACAUCAUCUGGGCGAACCUGCGCUACAGAUGCAAUGAUACAAUCCCUGAGGACUUUGAGACAUUCAGAACCCAGCAAAUCCAGCUUUUUUAAACCGAAUCUCAACAUCAUCAUUUUUUUUUUUACACGAUUAAUGAAUUUGAGUUGUAUAUUUCUGUCUUGUGUGUCAUAUUUUAUACUCCAUUUUUUUUUUGUACUUUGCGAACAUUAGUUAACUAGCUUUCUUCAUAACCCCCCUAAUGACAGACAUAAAUUGAUGACACCGCAUUAGCACUGAGGUCACAAACGCCAAAAUUUAAAUAUAUAUAUAUGUAUUUUAAAAACACGUACAGAAAUACAGGUUACAAAAUAUAAAUGAUAUAACAAGAAGGCUCUGAUAUAUGCAGCUGAGACAUCAUGCACAUCCAUAUUUAGCAUAUUUUUCUGAGAAAGGAAAAGGACCAGCAAAACGACAAAGACGAAAAUCAGUUCCUUCUACAAUCAGUUACCACAAAUAGGAGACAAAGAUGACCACACCAGCACAGCGACUAUAGAACUGGGCGUCUGGAUAGAUCCAACCCAAUAAAAGUUCUAGACAACCACAAAUUAUAUGUCCUAAUAUACCGUUAACUCCAAUAAAGAGCGAGCACUGUUUAUGCCCACUAAAUGAGAGAUCACAAAAAUUUAACGCGCAUUCUGUAACCUAACACGCUCAUCUGCGGUUUGUUUACAGUGUCUUUUAAUACUUGUUAAACCUGCCUUAAGUGAGAUGACAGUUGACAAAAUAAAAAAUAGAUCAUCUUCACAGAAAGAAAUCAAAGUGGAUGGCACUUAGUUUAUGCUAAUGCUAUGAUUUACGGGGAAGGGUUGUUAUACAGUACUGCUCAGCUCUAUCCUAUGGGUCACUAUCAUUAUGUUUAUCAAGGAAUACAUCCCAUCUAGUCAGCUACGUCCUUAUUAGUCUUAAUGGUACGGACAUGGUAAUCAUGGUAACUAACUGCUCAGCAGUUCUAUUAAGGCUUAAAGAGGAAUUUACUCUAAAGGGGGUUUGCUCUCACACAAAUAAUCAGGACACAAAUAAACGAUUCCAACGUACACGUAAGUGCUGCUAGCUAAAACCGCCCCAGUUUGGCUGCAUGCUGCAUGUGCAUCAACAACAGAUUAUUUGACCAAUUAACACAUGCAGUCUGCCCACAUCUCCUAAUGUUUCACAUGUUAAAGCAACAAACAGACUGAGCCCUUUUUUUCAGUUUGCAUUGGGAAGUCACUUAUAUACGCUUCCAGAAUUGUUCUCCCUCUGAAUUAUCAGUGCAAUACAGAAAACAGUUCACAAAGAACACCUUCACGAUAAACUGGGGGCAGGGAAAUGCACGUACAGGGUUGAACAGUCGGCAUUCUCAGAAGGUUAAACAGUCCAGGUUCCGUGAGCAAAGCUGCGGCUGAAGUUUUCCAAGAGCAACAGCCAGAAGAUUUCGAAGAAAUGCACGUACAUCAGUAUGAAAGCUGCCGUAUCUUAGAGAUUUCUGACAGGAUUUCAAACGGAAACUCAAGAUGCAAAGGCCGAGCGAAUCGACGGGCCAGGGGAAUGAGCCAACUGAAAAGAUCAAACCAUGCUACAACCGUGAUGAACGGGAAAAUGCUACCGUGACCAAAAACAAAAAACAGCAACAGAACAAAUCAGGAAAAAAAAAAAAAAAAAAAAAAAUAGAUAAAUAAAUA